GGAUUAAAGGCGUGCGCCACCACUGCCCAGCGAAAGCCAAGGUUUUAACUGGUGCCUUCCUGUGGGAUCCGAGUCCAAGAAGUCUUUAGACACAAUGUAUUCAACUCUGUGUUUUUUUCAAGAGCCAAACAGAGCUCUGUCUGUGGGAGGGGCCUAGGCUCUUGUGCCUCUUGGCUUCCUUGGUUGUAUGCCAUCUGACUGCUGCUGGUUCUAGGUCUGAGGAGAAAGUUUGCCGUACCCUCCAGCUUCCAUUGGCCAUCUCUCUUGACUGCUUGGCAGGGAGGCUGUGACACAGAGGCUAAAAGGCAGAGGGUGGAAGAAAGAAAGGACGAGCUGGGCAGUUUCCUUGUCAGUCCCUCCCACCCCCCCUCAAGGAAGGGAGCUGUGGAUUCCAGAAACCUCCUUACAAGUAAAAAUGGACAUAAACCUUCUCUUGUAUCCAGUCUCCAGUCCUGUACAGUCCACAGCCUGCUUCUACCUCCUCUGUCAGAGAGAGAGAGAGAGAGGCUUCUGCUAUCCCUUGUUACACCAACUCACUGAGUGGGGGGGGGGUGUCUUCAGUUUCCUGUUAGGCCAGGAAGCAAAAGAGUCUUAUUCCCAGUUCUUCUUCCAGAUCCCAUUAUCUCAGGUCAGGGCACAUUCCUAGCCGAAGUAUCCAGUGCACAUUUCUAGAACUGUUUUGCCCACUUACGGCUUUGCUCCUUGUACGGACUGAGACCUUUCACCGGGGUCUCAGGGACAGGAGCACGGUGGAUAGCGGCUUUUCUCACUACACGCUCCUGUGUGUUUGGUCUCGGUUGGCAGUUAGUCUGCUGCCUGGAUGGGAAUGCCACCACCUCAUGAGUUGGUAGGCCAUCUCUGCUGCAACCUCUGUUAGUGAUGUUUGUCUGGCUGUGGUAAGCACCACGGCAAAGGUAACUUGUAGAAAGAUGAGUUUAUCUGGAGUUACCGAGUCCAGGAAGGUGUAGCAAAGGCUUGGAGGCAGGAGCAGGAAGCGGAGGGCUUUCAUCACGGGCUGUAAGCACAAAGCAGAGAAGAGUUGUUAGACUCUGGAAACCUACCCUCUAUGACAUAGUUCCUCCAACAAGGGCACACCUCCUGAACCUUCCCAAACAGUGCCAUCGACUGGGGACCGAGUAGUCAGAUGGGGAACAACUCUUUGAAAGCCACCACAUACCUUUUCUUAGAAACCAGUCCUGUUUACAGGUAAAGAAACUGCCUGCGUCCAGACAGGCGCUACCUCCAUCUCUCUGUGGAUUCCCUUGAUACGGUGGGGGAUGGGGAACUGACCUGGGUGCCUUUUUUUUCAAAGGCACCUGGUCUCACUUUAAAAUCUCCCUAUGUGUGACCUCACACUAGCAAACUAGGUUUCUCACUGCUGGGCAUAUGAGACAGUUGCACGCAGACCCAAGAUCCAUUCAGAUUUCUGACUGUGAGCACCUCAGAUACCAAGGGCUGUGGCUCUGCUCACUGAUGUCCCCCUGUCCCUGUUACCAGGAUGAAGGCAGCAGGGGUAGCUGUCCCCACUGCUUUCAGAAUGCACAUCUUAAGUACUGGGAAAAUAGUGCUUCAUGCACUGGGCCUUGAACCAGAAGCAUUUUCUCUCAGGCAAGGGAAAUGAGGACAGACAAGCUGGCUGCUCUUCAGAUGAGGCUCUCUAUAAAACCCACUGAAGCCCAAAGACAUGAGCUUCACAUGUGUUUUUAAGAAGGACAGAGUCAGGGGGCUGGAGAGAUGGCUUAGUAGAAGAGCACUGGCUAAUCUUCUAGUGGACCAGAGUUCGAUUCCCAGAACCUGCAUGGUGGCUCAUGCUGUCUGUAACUCCAGUCCCAGGGGAUCCAAUGCCCUCUUCUGGCCUUGAAGAGGACUGUACACAUACGGUGCACAAACAUAUACAGGCAAAACAUCCAUAUACAUAAAAUAAUAAUUUUUAAAAGAUGGAUUCAUUUUGAGACAAGAUUUGCACUUAGAAAUGCUUUCUUAGGGCAGGAGAAAUAGCUCAGCAGUUAAGAAUGAAUUCUGCUCUUGCAGAUGACCUGAGUUCAGUUCCUAGAACACAUGUCAGGCAGCCCACACCUGCCUAUACUUCCUGUUCUAGGGGUAUCAGAUACCCCUGUGCUUCGUGGGCAUCCAUAGACACAUACUCAUGUCCCCACAUAUAUGCAUCAUUAAAGAUAAUAAAAAUAAACAAAUAUUUUCUCACUAAACUUUAAUAAUUUAAAAUCCUUACUGAGUUCAGAUAGGCGGUUUGCUCACUAUAUUAAAGAGGGGGAGGAAGAAAUUCUACCUUUUGUUUUGUUUGUUUUGUUUUUCAAGACUUGUGUGUGUGUGUGUGUGUGUGUGUAGUCCUGGGUGUGCUGGAACUCACUUUGUAGACCAGGCUGGUCUCAAACUCACAGAUACACCCACCUCUGUCUCCAGGGUGCUGGGAUUAAAGGCAUGUGCCACCACCUCCUGGUGAAAAUUCUAUUUUUUUGUUCCUGGAAUUAGGUGCCACCUCAGGGUCUGAAUUGAGGUGACUCCUGCCUUUCAUCCCGUUUUGUUGUUGAUGGUUGCAGCAGAGAGAGACUCUUGCGCACACUGUUCCAUCAGAGAAGCAUCAGGAUGACUUAAAACAUAAUAAUAAUAAUAAUAAACAAUAAUAACAAUAAUAAUAACGAUAAUAAUUUGCCAUGCUGGGUGGAGCAUGGGCCUUACAUAUGCCAGACAAAUCUUCUGCCAGGGAACCCCACUCCCAGCUGUUCAGGGUGACCUCUUAAUAGUUCGCAGGAGGUUGCCACACACUGUACAGAUCCUAAAUUGCCAUCCCUGUGAGACCGUAGGUGAGAGAGGAAAGGGGGGGAUGGUGCUUUCAUCUCAGUGUGAAUGAGGCCCUUGCGAGGCCACCAAUGAGCUCCACUAGUGUCCCAAUGCCACUGACUGCCCACAUUCCUGAAGGCGUCGUCUGACCCUUUAUUCUGUUAGCCUCAGUAGUGAACUAAUGGCCCUGCCCUUGAGGUUGGAUGGUUAGGCCGCUCCAAAACUCGCCUGUUGGGCUGGAGAGUUAUGUUGACUCAGUGGGUAAAGUACUCGCUGUGCAAGAGUGAGGAUCAGGGUUCAGACCCUCAGAACACAUGUGAGAUUCUGGGUCGAUAUGGUAGCCUGCUGUAAUUCCAGCCUUGGAAGGCAGAGGUAGGUGGUCCUCAGAAACUGACUAUGGAGACUAGCCAUAUUGGUGAACUCUGGGUUUGAAUGAGAGACCCUGGCUCAGUGAAUAAGGUGGAAGAAUGAUCUAGACAUCAGCCUACACAUGGCUUGCACCCACAGCCACACACAUGCCUGUUAUAGGAGGGGACACAAGAUUAUCAACCACAUUACACAUGGUAAUCUCUGAGGCCACUGGUGCUCAGCUGAGACAUGGCCCGCAGCAGGACCAUGGGUGUAGACUGGCGUCACCACCCACCUCUGUGCAGGAGGCGCCUGCUUUUGUGGAGACAGAAGAGCCAGGCCUCAUGAGGGAUGAAGGAGUGGCUUCAGAGUUAUUUCCUGAUUACAAGAUGAGGCUGUUUUAAAGUAGCUCCGGGUGACCUUCCAGGUGCUCGCAUAGGAUGCUCGGAGUUACGGUAUAGGUGAGGUGGAGAUGUUGGGCGACCCUUCCUUGUUCUGGUGAUCUAAGGGUGUGGGUGUCUCCAGGUUCGAGCCUAGCAGCUCAUACUCAGGAGCACCCUGUGGCUGGGCAGGAGAUAUGAGGUCCCGUCCGAAGACCUGCGCAUUAAGGGUCACUUUGGACAUGCUGCCCAAGAGGUUAGGCUCCUGCCUGACCCUGGUAUGUCCUCUGGUUAUACCUCAGGUCUCUACUCCUGAUGGGGAUCAAGAAAACCACCUUUGAAGCUGGUAGGGAAGAAGGUGUUUUGGCUUUUUAUGGAGAAAGGGUGCUGCCGGUCAUGGCGAGAUGGGAGAAAGAUAGAGUAUGGCCACUAUCCCCAUCAUCUUGGACUCCUGAGCCCAUGAGUCGCUGCUAAGACAUUUCCUCCCAAGCCGAGGGAAUCCACUUCCCCCCUCCCACAGCAUGGAGAUGUUUUCAGGGUCUCAGGACUCAGCCCAUGAAAAAGCAAGGCGUAGCUCUGAGAGACCCAUUAGAAAUAAACAGAGAGCCUGCCCGCCUCUCUAAGUUAUUGACUCUCCCUCACUGAGAAGAUACCAUUAAGCUCAGCUGGGCGGGGGGAUGGCUAAUGCAGGGACAGGCGAGGGGGAAGCAGGCCCACAGGGGUUGCCUACACAGGCUGUUGGUGCACGGCGGGUGGGCACGGGAUCUCAGGCUUCCUCCUGCAUUCCCUCUAAGGGCCUGUAAUGGGGCCUCGAGGCGGUGCUAUCCGAGGGUACAUUAGUCAAGCACUUUGGAAUCUUAGCAGGAAAGAGAAGUACCAGAGGAACUUAAGGUGAGAAUUAUGGUUGUCAUCGGCACAGUAUUGCAAUCAACACUCCUUGACAGCCCACAAGGCAGCUCGCUUGAUACCGAGACAGCUGCAUGCCUUCAGUGGUGCCCGGGAGAGAGGGACGAAAGCCGGACGGUGCCGACGGACGAUGUGUUUGUUGGUGGGGGCACUGUUCUUUCCCUGAUCUAUAAAGCUCCGGUUUCUGGGUCUGAGACGACUGUCAAGAGGGCUGUCUGCCAGCGUGUCUACUUCUCUUUCUCACUCCGCACCUCAUCCUAGGACACCUAGGAGAGGCAGAGAGAGGCUGGAGAGGUGGCUCAGCUGGCAAGGCACUUGCUGUGCAAGCAUGGGGUCCCAAGAUCGAACCCCAGAGAGGCAUGUAAGAGCCUGGACAUGGUGGCAGGCAGUUGCAAUUCCAGCAGUGGGGAGAUGAGACAGGAGGACCCUCAGGCUUACUGGCUGGUCAUUCUAGCCUAACUGGUGGACUCCAGGGCAAUGGGAGACCCCCCUUUCAAAGGCGACAGGCAGUGGCACAGAGGAGGAUGCCCCAAGUUGUUUCUUGGAUUGAACACACUUAGGCAUGUACACAGAUACACAUUUUUUUAAAAUCAAGAACAAACAGGGACCCUACAUCCUUUUGACUGUGUACCACACCUUGGCAGGGACUUCAGACUAGUUGCCUUAAAUUAGAAAAUGCAGGUCUAGUUUCAUCUCUGUGAUGGCUGGCCUUAGCUUUCCUGCCCCAUCCGUACUUCAGCAGUAGGGAUGUCACAGGGGCACCAGCCCUAAAGACCAACUUCCACUUUGAAAUUGAGAUCUCCUCAGAGCAGACAGGGCUAAGCGGUGAGAUCGGGUUUUGUACGUUGAAGGUGCCCCUCCUUCAGGCUGAUUUCCAUUCUCCAUCAGCCUGCCCGUCUUCCAGGAAACAAAUCUCUCCCCAUUCCUUGGUAUGUUUCCCUCAAAUCCCAUGAAGGAGACACACAAGAUCUACCUUGGAAACCGCAAGCCCCAAGGAUGGUUUUCCGUAAACUGAAUCAGUGCUAGAAAAUGAAGUCGAGAAGUGAGUCUGGGUAGUCAUCCACAGCUCAGCACGUUGAGACACAUUAACGUAUAUUGGAAUUACAGAAGAUAUCUGGGCUGUUGGAGGGAGAGAGGCGAGCGUCAGACUCUGCGUUGGCUGAGCUUCCAGGUGCUCGGCUCUCUAGACACACCCGAAAGGUCCUUGGAUCGUGUCAGGCCCCACCACACCAGGAGCGCAGGGAAAGCUCCUUUGCCAGCAUUUCCCUUCUAGACUGUUCAGCUUUGCAGCUAGCCAAGGGAACUUGGGGUGCCCCAAGGCCCAGUGUUCUUUGGACUGUUCGAAGGGCACUGCACCAGCCGUAUCCAGCCAGUGCCCUGGAAGCAGAGGUCCCGACAGACUCCAGCUGCAGAGUUGCUCUGCAGCAUCUUAAGUUACAGCAGCAGAGCUCAGCCUUAAGUCCCCUUCCUGCCUGUGACCCCCCCCUGCUGUGCUCCCCCCAUCUGUGACCCCUGCCCCGGUCUGUGACCUCUGAAGCCUCCUCUCCAUUUCCUUCUCUGUGCUUCGAAGCCAGCUUUCCAGGUGAGAUCUGGUGAGGGGCGGCCGUUGGAGGUCAAGCAGCCGGGAGGAAAGAUUUACAGCUCUGCUCUGACCUGCCUGAUGGACAAUUAAAGCUGUGCAGGCUUGGAGGAGAGAGAGGUUGUUAAGAGGCAGGACGGUUGGAAUAAAUCCGUCACCUCCACUUAGACAGCCCUGCUAGACUGCAUCCCAGGGCCUUUAAGCAGGAUCCUCCAUUGGCAUGGGGUGGAAGAUUCCAGAAGAGACUGUGAGGGAAGCUGUCAUGCUCUGAACUCUACCAGAGUCGGGGCCUGGAGAUCCCGUGUCUUCUUACUAAUAUGGUUCACGCUGGCGGACUCAGGGAGAUUUCCAGGAUUCUCUGCACCUGGCCAAUACGAAACCACAACUCCAGGGUAUAUGUGUGUGGCUAGGUGUGUAAAGGCACACAUAUGUGUGUGUGUGUGUGCAGAUGUGAGGACAUGCAUCCUGCUUGUGGGGGCACCGCACAUGUGCAUGUUUACGAUCUCUUGUGCGUUCCUGCACCCGCAUGUGUGCACAUACAUCAUAUCGUGUGUGUCCAUAUAUGUGGCAGUCCAUCUCUUGGGCCCCUUUGACCUCUCUGCGUGUCUGGCCUUCCGUGAGCCCGCCAGCCGCCAGCCUUCUAAGCAGCCACCAAACCCUAUAGUCAUUCUUCUCCAUUUGUUCUGUGUGUUAUUUCAGUACCUUGAAGAUGCUGGCAGGUUCCUCAAGGAAACUUUGUCUUUGUGGUGAGGAGAUGCCAGCACUCUGCGGGCCUCCCACUGGCUAAUUACCAAUAUGAUCCCGCGUGGGAGACUUGUCGUUCCUGGAAGAGCUCUUUAUUCCGUGUGUUUCCCUCCUCUUCCACCGCCCCUCCCGCCACCACCCCACUGUGGUCUGAUUUCCACUCGGAGAUGGAACUGCUCCCCGUGAGGCCCGGGCCGUGGCAUUAGUGCUUAUUCAGCCAGCCAGCAGGCCAGGCCUUUCAUUAACUUGGAUACUACAAUUAUGUGCGCCGAAAGGCUGAAAGGGCCAUGUAGGAUUUUUCUUCCCUGAAAAAAAAUCCUUCCGCUUUUCACAGCCCCAGCCUUGGCCAUCGAAGCAGCCAUGACACAGGCUGUUCUGUCUCCUAAGGUUGGUGUGCAAUAAACUCAGCAUUGUGCAGGGCGCAGACGGGGUGGGCUGGGCCUGCCAUUGUCCAGCCACGGACACCACAGCCACUGAGGAGGUCGUACUUCAGUGUGCAGUGCUGCCUGCUCUGACAGUUUCUCUUGUGACAGAUGGCAGUGUGCACACUUACGGGUAUGUGGCCUUGGGAGGUGUAGCCAGCCACAGGCGGGAGGGAGGGUGUCCUUCUUACUGUUGUCCCCUGCUCAAAGAGGGUGGUCCUGGGACAGUGGCUCACACUGAUGUCACUGAGCCCACUUGAACACUUCCAGUGACCUCUUGAAUCUUUUAAUAUGUAUAUAAGUAUGCAUGAUGUAUGCAUGUAUGUUGAUUUAUUGAUUUAACUAAUUUAUUUUUACAGUUUGAUACACCAGUCAACUCUCCAACUGGAGUUGUAGCUGAGGAUGGCCUUGAACUUUGGAUCCUCCUCCCUCUGCCUUCCAUGCCCUAGCUUGACAAGCAUGUGCCAGCAAGCCUGGGUGAUAUGUUGCUAAGUAUUGAACCUAAGGCUUCAUGCAUGCUGGGCAGACACUUCAUGGAUAUCCCCAGCCCAGGAGCCUGUUGUCGUUUUGUUUCUUUGUUUUUAUUUUUGGUGUGUGUGUGUGUGUGUGUGUGUGUGUGUGUGUGUGUGUACUCAAGGUAAGACACUGCUGAAGGCAUGGUGGGGAGCAGGUAGAGGCUGUUCCUUGUAUACUGUCCCCUCGGUGCUCCCGAAAGUGUUACUUGGGGGGCUCUGUUAUCUUAAGGAAAGCUGGCACCUAGCCACGGAAGCACUGGAUAACCCCAAACUCAGAAACUUAUUGUUUUAAGCUCCCCCAAGUUACCAUGGUUACUCGAAAGGCCCGUGCAGCGGCCGGGUCUCUCCUGCUCUGAGGGAAGCCAUCGGGUAGGAAUUAAGCCUUUCAUCCAGGCCCCCUUCAUCUGUCCCUGCUCAGCUCUUGCACGGAGGGAAGGAACUGGAGAAUGGGGAUUUUCCAGGACCUUGGAGUGUGAGAUUCUGGAGACAGAACUGAUCUCCCACGCUAAAAUAAUUAUAGCCAGGAGAACUAAGUUAAGGCCUUUAACAAGAGGGCGACGUGCCUAUGUGAGGCUGUCUCUGUUGGCUUUGUACCUCAGUACUCCGCUUGCUGGCACCUGAUUAUACCUGCUGGGGCAAUAGUACCCGAGGCACCCCACACCUGUUGGCUCGCUCCAGCAGGCCUGCUAUGCAGCUGUGCUGAGCCAGUGCUCUUUGACAAGGCCUUUCCGGGGCAGAACAGGAAGCCAACCAGGACCCCUUUGGCUUGGCUUCUUCCUGCAUGAGAUUUCACCAUGAUCCUCUCUGCUGAAGUUCAGUGCGGGAGCCCAGGAUAUUUAUAUUGUGUAAGCAUAUUCCUAUAUAUGCUCAUAUAUCACACACAAUACCUAUGUGACCAGCCACAUGGAGAAGAGGCCAGGUACAGACAGUCUUCACCCAUGUGCCAUGUCAUGGAGUCAGGUUGCCUAUUCCCCUGAAAGGCUGAGUGGCUGGUCACUUUUGGACUGGGGACUCUGUAGUUUCGUGGCGGUGGUGGUGGGGUUUCCUGUUGACCACUUGGUGAAGCUGAUUUUCUUUCCAGCCCAUGUGGGACACUCAGCAGGGUGGUGUGAUAGUGGGCGCACCAGGUGGAGCCAGGGGACACAUUCCAGGUAGGGGGACUUAGGUGACAAAUGAGGGCCUUCCUGGGGUCUCCUGUGCAAAGAACCUUCUAGUCUUUCUACUCCACACCACUGCUGGGGCAUCUCAUCCCUCCUCAUGGGCUGAUGCCGAGCUUUGAGGCCACUCAGUAACAUGGGGGACUGCAGAGGGGUUUGGGGUGUGACUCUUGUUUCUGACCCCUGAGCAGGGCCAGGUACCGAAAGCCUUCUCCAGUCUGCUGAAGACCCGUAUACCUCUCAUCUGCUCAAUAGCCAGCCCUCACUCAUUGCUAGCACAAACUUGAGGUACCAGCAGGCUCCUGUUACGCCUUGGGCUGGCCUUGUUUCUCCUCAGCAGGGACACCUCAGCAGCAAGCAGGUGGCGAACACACUCUCUUGUGUCACCAUCUUGGUGGCAGCAUUUUCUGAAGGAAACAAUUGGGUUGUAUAGGUCCUGUGGCUGGAAGGUAGGAGAGUGAGGCCCAAGCUGGCUUGUACACCUCUCACGGAGCAUCAUGGGAGCUGCUUGUUAUGCUAAGUAAGUGACAAUAGCAACGGGAAGGAGGUCUGGACUUCUACAGUGACUUGUGGCUGUAUGCACAGCAGUAGCCAUGUAGGACAUCUGCAGGAAGGACACACAGGGCCUUCCUUAUGGGUGACUGUCCUCAGCACUCUUUUCUGGGAGCCGAAUUCAGCACUGGUGGGGAAAAAUGGAAGGUGACAGAUUGGGUGGGUGUUUGUGCACCUGUCUCUUUAGCUUGUUAGCAGGCAGCAAGCAGGCAGGAACCAUGGCGGAUCUUCAGAGCCCUUCAAAGGUCUACAGUCAGUGUUAGUGAGAUUCUGGGAGCCGAAUGAGACCAUUUGUGGCCUCUGAACUCUGAACUAUCUGGCUCUCUGGCAGGUGGCCCUGUGGGAUGUCUUGUCCCUGGUCUUCCCAUUUCAGUGGCUCAGGGGAUCUACUGGUGUGUGUGUGUGUGUGUGUGUACUUCAGAUCCCUGCCUGGUGCUACAGCAUUCCAAAACUUUCUGAUAAGGGUCAUGGAUCCUGGAGAAGGACCGCUGUAAGACAUGGCCCCUGCUGGUCUAUACAGAAGCUCCUUGCAUCUUUGGUCUGGGAAGGAAAUGGAGCAGCCACCAUAUAACCUUCCUUGCUGUCAUCCCUGCACAAGAACUUGGGAGUGGGUUUAUAAAUCAUCCUGGAGUCAAGAUCAGCUGCCAAACAGCGGAACACUUACAAGGAGGAGGGCCUCUUGGGUCUAUCUGUAAGCUUGCUCUCCUUCCUGGGUUUGGAGUGAGGAGCAGAUGGAGAGGGAGGAGCUAGUAGGGUUCCGGGUUGCUCUGGAAGGCUCCAGAUUGCUCCAGAGGGUUAUGGAUUGCUCAAGAUGAUGCUGAGAAUGUUCUGGAAGCUUUCCAGAAUUUCUAGGUGCACACCCAUGGGACUGACUGCAGCCAUCCUUUCUUCAGGGACUCGCUCAUGAUUAUUGAUGCUGACGGAGUGCAGGAGUUGAAUGACUAAUUCAAGAUGGCAGACAAAUCAAUGCUAUUUAUAUUUAGCCUGCGCAUGUACUGCUGAUGUCUCCGUAAUGGUCGGCCUUCACCAUUAUGCUUUUGCAUGAUUUGAGAUGCUGCUGCCCCACAGUCCAGGGUCUAUAGCUUUUCACUCCCUCCGAGAAGGUUUUCAGGAUGCACAGCAUGUGUGCACUGAGGGACCGGCCCGUGCCUUCACUGUCUGGUUGGCACACUAUCUCCCACAAUGGUCUGUCCGCUUGAUUAUGUUCACCAUAGGGUGGGGUUCAAAGUAUGGCAGAAUGCUGGCCUCGUAUGUACGGUGGGCUUAGUGCAGCUUCUAUAGAUAGCUGUGGAAGGACGUUUAUGAAAGGGAAGCCUUAGUGGUCUCCAUGCUUUAACAUUCAGACCUUGAAUUAAUGUGUGUAGUCCUGCAUUCAUCUUGUAUUUGGGCCUGGUAGUGCUCUGUACAUGGUCAAUGCCAAGUGAGCAAGUUGGGGACACUCAGAGUUAGGGUUAGGGUUAGGGAGGCCUAGGUGAGAGAAACGAUCUCCAGGCCUGCAGGAUGGAUCUGCUCUGGGAGCCCACAUGUCUCCGUGUUUGAUCUUUACGGUCUAGUUGAGUUUACCUCUUGGUUGCUGCAUUGGGCAGUCUUUGUUUAUCUGUUUUUGUUUGUUUGUUUUGGGGGUGCUGUUUCUAUCUUCCAGGCUGAUACCUCCAGACAACAGUAGCAGUUGUUAUUCUGGAGGGGGUGGGAUGUAUUAUUACAUGUGCUGAUGUUAUAGAGCCUGGUGUCUUCUUCAGGGACACAGCGAGCAAAAACCCUCUGGUAGUGUGUGAAACCCACAGGGCAUCAACGGUUAGAAGGAAUGGCUUGUGGAAACCCUGGAGGUGCUGGUGUGGUUCUGAGGGCUGUCAAGGUGGACUAAGGAUGGCAGCGCUGAGAUCUUCCUGGUGUCUCCCGGGAAGACCUGGUACUGACUGUCCCUCUGGCCUCUGGACAUCAGAACCUGAGACUGGACACAGUGUUCCUCGGUUGAAAGCUUAAAGCAUGACCUUCAGUGGCUAAAGCCCCAACACUAGAUACCACAUCCAUUUAUAUUUUAUAUUUAAAUCACUGACUGCUGUCACACUGCCCUCCUAGAAAGGCUCUGUCAGGUCCCACAGGCUCAUCGACUGGAGCGAGGCCCUCCCGGUGCCCUUUAAGCAGGCUCCUAAGCUGAAGUCAGAGGCUUAACACAGAUGCUUAACACAGAUGCUUGUUAGGUUGGCCUGUGGGAGAGGGCCUGGCUGACACCUGCUGAACACCUGCUUGACACCUGCUUGACACCUGGUCAACACCUGGUUAACAUUUACUAGCUGUCCAGUAAAUUCGAAGGCCUGUUUGACACCUGUUUGACACCUGGCUAAAACUGGGUUAACAUUUACUGGCUCACCCACUAAAUGCUGGCCCCACAGGCCGUUUCCCUCUCUGUCCUGAGUAGCAGUAACUGAUGUUUAGGAAGUCAGAGGCUUAAUACAGAUGCUUGUUAAGGUUGGCCUGUGGGAGAGGGCCUGGCUGACACCUGCUGAACACCUGCUUGACACCUGGUUAAUAUUUACUAUCUCACCCAGAAAAUGAGAGGGCCUGCUCCUGGUUGCUCGACUUGGCUCACCCACUAAAUGCUGGCCCCACAGGCUAUUUCCCUCUCCGCCCUCUCCAGGAUCCUGCUGCCUGCAUCCUAUUCUCUACACAGCUCUACGCAGAACCUUCUAGAAUGUCAGUUUUACCUCUAGGUCUCUUCUUUUAGUCUUUAAUGCUCUCACAGUUUUAAAACUGUGUGGUGGUGUUUGUGCAUGUGUGUGUACAUGUGUGCUUAAUCAUGUGGAGGUCUGGGGGUGACUCUGGUGUCAUUCUCAUGAAUAUCAUCUACUUCCUUUGAUACAACAUCUGUCAUUGAUCCUGGUCUCACUGAUCAGACCAGAGUAUCUGAAUAUCAAAUGCCAGGGAUCCUCUGGUCUCUACCUCUCUGUUUUUGGGAUUACAGGUACAUGCCAUCAGGCCUGCCAUUUUGCAUGGUAUAUGGGUCUUGAACUCUGGACCUCAUGCUUUUGAGUCAGAUUUUACAGUCUAAGCAAUCUCCUCACGAUGCUCUGGCAUGGUCUCAGUGCUUAGGCUCCACCAUCCCUUCCACUCUCAACAAGAAGCGGGCAGAGGGCCAUGGCCCCGACCUCUCUGUUGUAUCUGCUGUUUUGUGUUUCGGGGAUGUGAGAGGGGACUUUGGUCCUGGGGAUGUGAACAGAGAAUUUUCCCCCACCCCCUGCUUCCUCUCUGUCCUGUGAACCUCAAAGCUGCUGACUAAGGAGGAGGGUUGAUGGAUGGAUUCUGAGGUGCUCCGCCUUGGAGCCCUGGGGUUCUGCAGGGAACUGGUUUAUGUCCGGGAGCUUGCUACUUCUGUCCUCUCUCAAUUUCCUUUCCUGGCCCUCAAGACCGGACCUGCCAUGGUGGGACAGGCACCGGGCCAGGAAAGAUGACCUUCUGUUCACGUCCGGGAUCUGAACCUGAGCCAGGUGCGAUGAGAGUCUGUGUACCAGCCAUCCCCAUCCCGUCGCUUGAAAACCCAGACGCAGAAAAGAAAACGAGUGUUUGCCGGAGACUGAAUCACAUCAUGAAGUUAUCCGCAGUAAUCAGGGCACGCUUGCUCCCAGAAAUUAGAUCAUUCCGGAAUCUCAUCGAAUUAAGGGAGGGUUCCGAGCUCGGCUCUCCCAGCUCCCGCGCCUUCCCUCCCAGGCCCUCUCCCCGCUCGAUGGGAGAUUUUCUGGCCGUGUCAGGGCAAACUGACCCGGUUCGGUAAUGGAGAAGAAGCCUGUUGGAAUUAAGGCCUAACAGCGUUAAAAAAGCAAUCUCUGCAAGAUUGAGGCCACCGGGGAAUCGUAGAUUCUCAGCCAAGACCUCAUUUAAGGAUCGGAAUAAAACUUGACACGCAUGUGCGAACACGCACGCGUGAAGAAGCCGGUGUUCAGAAACAAUGGAGACCUGGUGUGAACAAAAGAGCGGAGGGGAAGCAGAAAGCGAGCUUUGGUAGCAGGGCAGGCAGGGGUCGUCCUAUGCUUGGGCAGGAACAGCGCAGGCUAUGCAGUCUGGUUAAUCCAGGAGCAGGGAUAGCAGUGUGCGGGGCCUGCCAAGGUGUACUGCCAACACAUGAGGUCCUCCUUAAGUGUCCCUGACUCAGAACCUUGGGCUCCUCCUCUGAGCACUGCCCACCUCCUGUUAUCUGAGAGUCAUGGUGAUUCUCCACGUGGGUUGUCUGGGAGUCACCCCAAGGCCUGGUGUCUGUCACUGGUUCACAUCUCUAUAUGUCCAACUUAGCAGGCAGUGGCUCCUGCAGAGCCGGCUGUGGGUGGGACUCUCAGGGUAAGCGGGGGUGGGGGAUGGGGGAGUGUUGGGGGAGGAGCAUGGGACCAGGAGUGUAAUGGGGGGCAAGAGUAGGCAAGAGCCAGGAAGCAUUGAGGGUAGCGGGAGUGAGAGCAGACAGAAUGGCUGCUUAAUUCCAUCUAAGGUUCCUGCCUGUGAGAGCAUUCUAGAUGUGCCAUGGCUGUGGGUGCCUCUCUCUAGGUAUUCCUCAGUGAGAAACAGGAAGUCGAGGGUGGGGGCAGGCAUGGAGGUGCAAGACAGCUACCUGCUUUUCCCCACCGGGCCUCACAGCAGUGGUCUUUGCUGUUAUGGUGUUUUCUGCCCUUUGGGUGAAUAGACUAGAGAAAAGUGGCUGCACACAGCUCUUCUGUCUAGUGUGGGACAGUCCUGGAGGUGGUGUGCUUCUGUCCUCUAGAGGACUGCACUGACAGAUUGCUUGUGGUACCCAAGCAAGCCAGAGGAAGCCCCCAAACAGAUGAGCUCACUCCAGCAAUGACUUCUAGAGCCCUGGUCCCUAGAUAUACCUGAGCUUCUGGGGGGGGGGGGGCAUGUGUCACUGGAUAUCCAGCCCCCAGGGUCUCUGGGUGUCUCCCAGAUCUUCACUCAUGGGGGGGGGGUCGCUUUCCUGGGUGCCUUGCUUCUAGAACAAGAAAGACAGAGGACAGCUUCCUGUUCCCACAGGCCUCAGUAGCAUGGCAGAUUCUUGAAGGAUGCCAUCUCAGGUAUCAGAAGGGAUAUGUGUCUGUGAGGGAAAGGUGGUGAUGGGGGUCGUGCACAGGCAAGCUGCUCACUGAAUGUCUGUGCUGUGGAAGGCUGAAUGCCUAGUUGGGUCUAGCAAGCCACUUGCGGCCUUGAGCUCCCAGAGGCUUUUUAAAGAUGGCCCCGAGAUUUGGGCCAUGUCCCUGAUGUCCUUCUCUCUCAGAUAGAGCUGGUCUACAAAGAGACAUUUUCUCUCAGGGAUGUGCCAAUAUUCCUGGUGUUUUACGUCUCUUCUAGUUAGAAAGGAUCAGUGGACUCUGAGGGCCAGGCACAGAGCAUCUGGUGAGACAGGUGGACAGCCUGAACCUGCUCCACCUGCAGUGUGCCUCCUCACAAGUGACCUUCACCGUGACCUCAAGCCUUCCUUCCUGGAGGAACAGUCUCCUGUCCCACACUAGCUGGGAGGUUCCACGAGGUAGACAACCCUGGACCAUAGCUGUCUGUCAGAUACUACUGUGUACUUUUCCAGCUGAGGGGCUGGGAGGGCAGCCACCAACUUGGCAAUGACUGAUUUUGGAAGCUUACUUCUGUGUGUGUGGAAAGCGGGUUUGGCACAGGUAUUCAUUUGCCUCCUGAACAAACAGAGGUCCUCCCAAGCCUCCCGGCUCCCACAGUCCCCGGGAGGGACGGCUCAGCCCUUUCACCCUGGUGUUGCUUCUAAACUGUUCUCCUCUUUACCUUCUAAGUGAUGAGCCUGGGUGUGUCUGUCCUGGGUCUCUCUUCUGUAGGCCCUUGCUCUGAGGAACAGGAAUAGGUAUGGCUUUGUGGGGAGGGGCCAAGGUAAGACAAAUUAAAGUGACCAGAAGUCACUUCCAAGCCCAUACUUCUCCCUUGGCUCCUCAUAGCCCCAACCCUUCAUUCUUCCAGGAACCAUGUGCCCUGUCCCCUUGUUCCUGUGGUCCCCUCCUCCUGCCUCCCCAUGCUCCCCUCUUUCUUCCCCGCUUUUCUCCCACCCCUCUCUUCCCCUGUUCUCCUUGCAUCUCUCCCCUUCCUUCUCUCCCACUAUGACCUGGAUGGACAGAGAUUUGGGUGGACUGGCUAGGGAAUGGAAGGAGGAAGAAGAGGCAGGGAGAAGAGAGAAAAUGGGAGAUUCUGUGUAAGGACAUUAGGUGCUCAGCUCCUGUCCCUGGUUUCCCGAGAAGCACAUGAAGAGCUGGCACUUCCAGGCACUGGGGCUGGGGAACACUGGGAGGAGAGAGGGCGGUGGUCACUUGAAGUGUUCCCCGAGAGAUGUGUUGGAGCCCUAACCCUAGUUGCUUUGAAUGUGAGUUUAUUUGGAAGCAUGUGACGAAAGUCAAAGAGGCUGUCAGUGGGAUGCGUCCUUCUCAAAAGGGGGCAGAGGGACACGGAGAUACAUAGAGGAAAGGAGAGAUGGCCUUUAGCCAGAGACUGCUCAAGGGCUGUGGCCAGCAGGGAGAAGCAGCCUCUCUGAACUUGUGAAGGAGCCGCCCUGUGGAAUGAGCCUUGGGACCUGGCUUCUGGCCUCUGGCACCCACGGUCUGCGAUGCUGAGCUGGUGGCUACCGGUCAGAGCUCAGGACAAGGUUGAAAAGCUGCCUGUGAGAACCUAGUGCUUUUUUGCGAUCCCACUCUGCGUGGGCACACACACACUCCAUACUGAGGAAGCUUCAUCAGUUCUUCCACGGGCCCCUGGCUACAGGAAAGUAGACGACACCCCAACAGUGUGACAUCAGAAGGACCAGGGGGAAUUCCGCCGGCCUCCCCAGAGCUGGCCCACAGGCCUCCUUAGCGGGAACCUGUCCGAGGAGUGGCCCGUUCUGCAAACAGAGAGCCCAGAGCGCCUCCGGGAAAAUUGGCUGAAUAAAAGGGCAAUCAGGACGCCACGGCUCCACCUGAAGCGAUGGCCCAGCCCUACCCCCCUGCCCAGUACCCUCCUCCGCCUCAGAAUGGAAUCCCAGCUGAAUAUGCCCCACCUCCGCCUCAUCCCACCCAGGACUACUCCGGCCAGACCCCUGUUCCCCCCGAGCACGGCAUGACCCUCUACACACCCGCACAGACUCAUCCUGAGCAGCCAGGCACUGAGGCCAGCACACAGCCCAUUGCUGGGACCCAGACGGUGCCGCAGGCAGAUGAAGCAGCACAGACAGACAACCAGCAACUCCACCCUUCCGACCCCACGGAGAAGCAGCAGCCCAAACGACUACAUGUCUCCAACAUCCCCUUCCGGUUCAGGGACCCCGACCUGCGGCAAAUGUUCGGGCAAUUCGGGAAAAUUUUAGACGUGGAGAUCAUUUUUAACGAGCGGGGCUCCAAGGGUUUUGGGUUUGUAACUUUUGAAACUAGCUCAGAUGCUGACCGAGCCCGGGAGAAGCUGAAUGGGACGAUCGUAGAGGGACGGAAAAUUGAGGUCAAUAAUGCCACAGCCCGGGUCAUGACCAAUAAGAAGCCUGGGAACCCAUAUGCCAAUGGCUGGAAGCUAAACCCUGUGGUAGGAACAGUCUAUGGGCCUGAAUUCUAUGCAGUGACCAGUUUCCCCUACCCCACCACGGGCACCGCCGUUGCCUACCGGGGUGCACACCUGCGGGGCCGGGGCCGUGCUGUGUAUAAUACAUUUCGAGCUGCACCACCUCCACCCCCCAUUCCAACUUAUGGAGCGGCACUGGAGCAAACGCUUGUUAAAAUGCCAGUCCCGUGGGCGGGGCUGGCACCGUGCCCCCUCCCUCCUCAGCAGACACCGGAGCCGGCCUACCCCACCUCUCCAGCGUUCCCACCACUCUCUUGUCCGUUUGCUUCCAGGGUCGUGUAUCAGGAUGGAUUUUAUGGUGCUGAGAUUUAUGGAGGCUAUGCAGCUUACAGAUAUGCUCAGCCAGCAGCCGCCACCGCAGCAGCCUACAGUGACAGUUAUGGUAGAGUCUAUGCCGCUGCUGAUCCUUACCAUCACACCAUCGGCCCCACAGCAACCUACAGCAUCGGAACCAUGGCUAGCCUCUGCCGAGGAGGGUACAGCCGCUUCACCCCCUACUAGCAAGAGACCCCCUCACAGCAUUCACACUACAGCUUAUUCCAAACCAAACCCUACAGUCCCAACACCAGGCACAACCGCCCGGAGGACAGUGCGCCCCUCCCAGUCAGCGACCAGCGAGCUGACUCUCUGCGACUCUAAAGUCCAUAGAUUUUUACCUCCAGCCAGCUGGUCUCCCCACCCCACCCAUGCUGGUGUGUGUGUCUCUGACCCUGGUUUUCCUGUAUGUCUGAACCUUGGUUUCCUAUCUUGACGUUGUUGUACGAGCCACUCCAGGUACGGUAUGCAUACAGCGGGAGCCAGGCCAGGGGGACGGCAAGGUGCCCUGCCAGGGCCAUGCCCAUGCCUCAGGGCACCACGGCCCCUCAGGGCUCCAGAAGUGCCAGGCCAAGCCUCCCUCAGAGCCACCUCAGUCAGCUCCGGCAGGUCUGGCCAUCCCGGGUUUGCUGGCUGACAGAGGAGUUCCAGGCCUAGUCAGUGGGGUCCUCCCAGUGGGAGGGACUUCCACCCACCUUUCACAGAGACUGUCAAGAGUAACUGCAUGCCCUCUCUGGACUUCCACUCAGCCGAAGUUAUCGUUUCUAUUAAAGUUUACUAACCAUCUUCCUGUCCAAGUAGUCACAGCACACUGUUCUGUGUGCAAUACUGCCGUGGCCACCCUGGCUCUGGGAUUCCUUACAGACACGGAAAUGUCCCUGCCCCAAGGUUACCCUGUAUUGCCUGUGGACCUAGAGACCCUCCCUGAGCCUGACCACCCUCAGGCUCCUGGAGCUGAUGGCUCUGGGACCAUUUGUUCUUGACCUACAGAGCCACCCCACCCAUCCCCUUUUGUAGCGGUCCAUACCAGGAAAGGCCAGGGUUCCAGUAGUCAGGCCUGGGACACAGUAUCACCUUCCUUCCUCUGGUCUCCCUGCAGCCACCCAAGCCUCAGUUAGCAUGUGUGUGCCUCUGUGGCCUGUGGGGACCCACCUAGCUCCACUGCCUAGAGUCCCUGAAGUCAGGCUGAAAGCCUAGAGAACUAGCAGAUGUUAAUCCCUCCACUCUGGGGGUUCAGGGCCACAAAGUGACCAAAGCUGUAAGUCCCAUCAAACCCCAUCUCCUCCACCAUACACCAUGCCCGCUACCCACUCUGAGCCCUGCCCAUUGCUAUGAGAUGGUCUACUCUAGGUCUAGCUUGUGGUGUGGUCCCAGAAGCUGUGGUGGGGGUAUGGGUAGGAUUGGGGGGGUGUGUGGCCUCAGGGCAGGUUUAGGGGAAGUGUGGCUUCAGGUCGGACCCCAGACCACAAGCACGGUGGCCCUGCAUGCUGCAGCCGACGCUCGGAAACCGCAAGCCCUCAUUUCUGUUUCUGUUGUAGUGAAACCUUCCACCGUCUCCUUCUCGGACCAUGAAGGGCAAAAACAAAAAAACAAAAAAAAUCACAAAACAAAAAACAAAACAAAAAAAGAUGUUAAGAUCCAAGCAACAACAGCAACAACAACAAAUACCAACCAAACCAAGAGGCAUCCAACCAAGUCCAAGUCCACGUCUGGCGUACACCCGCAUCGAGGGAGCUCGUCCCCCAGGGGGCGCCGGAGAGUGGCUUUGCCUGGCUGGCGGUGUAGUGGGGACGCGGCCAGACACUGGGGAAGACCUGGAGGGGGAACGUGGCCAGUGGGUGUGGGGCGGGGGGCUCCGGUAUCUAUCCAGUCUUCCUUUCCCACCCUGCUCCCCAGACAGGGGGUUCCUAGGGUGGACCAGGCCCCUGAGAAGGAGCGGCCAGCUGACUUGGGCUAUUGCCUGCUGAGCCCUGAAGGGGCUGGAGCAGUUAGGGGCCAGCGGCUUAUCACUCAUCCCAGGUCUGCAGCCUGGCCUCAUUGAAUGUUGCUGCCAGUGCCGUCAGCUAUCCAACCAGCCGCCCUGGGUUCCAACUCCCAAUGCAAAGGGCUGACACGGCUCCAGAACUCUGGGGCACCCCAUGCUCCGCUCCCCUAUGUGAGAAAGCUUCCGGCUACAAAGAACAAAGAAAGCCCAGCCAGCGAGGACCCAGUCCUCACGCUGUGAACGUGGACAGGUGGGCCCUCGGGCACAGGGUUGUUUGUCGUGGCAGCCUCCCUGAAGGAGGCUCCGUGGGCUUGAAGGCCAGCCUCAGCUGUCUUCUAGGACCCAGCCCUCCUUUCCACUCCCUUCUGUAGGCUCCGUUCUGCUGGGGAGUGGGGAUUGAGACGGGCCAGCCCUGGGCUGCACCUAGAUGUUGGGAGUCAAGGUGCUGUGGGUCUGGAGGGCCGCAGUCAGAACAGGACCCAUGGGAAAGGCAAGGGAUGGGGAAGGUCUGGGCUGGCCCUGCCACGGGGAAGGCCGGCUGGGCUGCAGCCCGUUUGCUCCCUGGGCAGGUAAAGUGUGGGAGUCACGGGAAAGCAGCAGGCCCAGUGGAUGGAACAGGGAAGAGGUAUCAAGAAGCCCCUGGGCAAGGCAGGGAUAGGUGGAGUAGGGUUAACAGCAAAAAAGAAAAAAAAAAAAAAAUUAACAGAAACCAAGGCUCCCGACGCGGCACCACUGUCUCAUGACACCUCAAAAUAAAUCACCUCACUUUCUAUCCAGCAUCAGCCACAGAAGCUAUGGAAACGGAACCCUCCUUUUCUAUUCCUGAUGUACAUAGCCCCGCGCCUGCCUCUGGCUCUGUCCUCUGUACGGAGCCCCUUGCCUUCUGCUGUUUCGGACCCUUUUCCCGCAGCCCCUCCCAGGACUGCAGCCGAGCCCCAGGCUUCCUUUCUUACCAUUCUGUAUGCUUCCACGGUGUGACCAUUCAAAUUAACAGUAUUAUUAUUAAGAUUAAUAAAGAUUUCUUUCUUCAAACCAG